GACUGCAGGACGUGCAGGUGUGCUGAAAGUGUGCCGCAAUUUUAGACUGCAGGUGUGCUGAAAGUGUGCUGCAAUUUUAGACUGCAGGACGUGCAGGUGUACUGAAAGUGUGCCGCAAUUUUAACUUCAGGUGUGCUGAAAGUGUGCUGCAAUUUUAGACAGCAUGUGUGCUGAAAGUGUGCUGCAAUUUUAGACUGCAGGUGUGUUGAAAGUAUGCUGCAAUUUUGAACUGCAGGUGUGCUGCAGAUGUGCUGAAAGUGUGCUUCAAUUUUAGACUGCAAGUGUGCUUAAAUAGUGAGGGUCCGUUUGAUUUUUACUCCGUUCAUGUGGUAUCUUUACCAGUGUGCAAAAUUUGUGUUUAAAUACGUUCCUUACGCUCUACAGUCUAGAUAGUGUGAAACAUUUAAAUUAAGGGGGAAUGAGACAUCGUCAUAAUGGCGGUAAUUCUGGUGAAAGUCUUUAUCUUUCGGUGAAAAACUGAUUUACUCGUGUAAUGAAUUGCUUAGGAACCCACAAACAGAAUUCUUCUUUCCAUGAAGGUGAAUUCAGAUGAAGUUCUUUUCAACGCUUUAUCGAAGGAGAGAUAUCUGAGGUAAGAGGGGGCAGUUUUGCACUAUAGGCAACGUUUUUUAUUUAAUGUUAAUACCCCAUAUCUGAAGUGAUAUCACACGUGUUAAAAUGUAUAGAAUAAUUUUAGGAUACAUGCCAAGUGUAGCUGGGUACUUAAUGAAAAUGUUGAUAUACAACAUGUAGGUGUCACCAUGAUUCCUAGCAUAUAGAUGGGUGCAAAUACGAAACUAAGACACGUGGUCAGUUGCUGGGUGUUUGGAUCUUGCUAUAUUAGGAAAGAUACAAAUGUAACUCUUCCACCCGGAUUUUCAAAACCAACAAUUUUUAUAAAGUUUUUUAUAUAUGGCUGUAUAGAAACUUUUCUUCAAUUUCACUUUUUCAUAUCAUUAGUAUACAUGUGUAUUUUCCAUCAGGGACCUAUAUACUAAAGUUAGUAUAUAGGUCCCUGUUUUCCAUUUACAGAAGUUGAUACAGAUUUAACCACCAUUUUUCAAGAAAUUAUCUGGUGUGUUGUUCCUUCCGUGAUAUAACAACAAACAUCUGUGAUCAAAUUGUCAUGCUCUCUCCUAGUGUACAAACAGACUUAUUCCUCGUAACAGAUUAAAUAAACUACCUGACUAAUAAUGAGUCCAUUAUUUCAUCUCGAUUCCAUUUAUCUCGAUAUUCAUAUUUUUCCUAUAUUAUAUUUUUCAUUCUAAUUUAAGGGCAUUCCUCACCAUAAUAUCCUUCCUCUACGUUUGGAAACAUUUCAAGGUCUGUGAUUUGUUCUUUUUAAAAUCUCAAAUGAUCAAGGAACGAGAACGUCCUAUUAAUAUCGCACUAUUACAUCACAUGCAUUCAGUCUUUGUGCUUUACGGAAACUGGGUCACCAAGCAUAAACAAACAAGGUGAAUUGGAUUUGCGCAAUAUACUCCUUACCGUGAAUGGUGUCUAACUACAGCCUGGCAAUAGAUUAUUUGAGAUCUGCGUGAGAACAAUAUGUCCCGGGACUCAGCCGCACGUGGAUUUUUCCUGCUGUGUAAAUAUCUCCCCGCCCUGGCCUUACUGGGGAUCGGAUACUUCACCCCCCACUGGAUAGAGAACGAGCAGCACAACUGUACCCAGGGGCUGCUGACCAACAGUAACUGUACCAGUAACGUGGAGGACCUACAUUCUGCGGUGGUUGGAUUGGAGUCCGCGGCUAUUGCCCUCCUCACCAUGGCAACCAUUGUAAACGUUGUCCUUGAGUGUUGCUAUGGAGAGAACAAUCCCAUGACAACCAAGGCACGCUGCAUCUGCGCGUUCUUCUUUGGAAUUGGAGGUAUCCUAGGACUGAUCGGAUGUGUAGCAGUGUUUGCUGAGUACACACACGAGACAAGAGGCUGGUCAUUUUGGGUUAGCUUUGCAGGAUCCAUCGUUGCUAUAGUCACGUGGACAACAUUUAAAGAGACCAGGGACUUGUUUAAGGACACCGGAUAUCAAACUCUUUGAAGGACAACUCUGAACAUCGGUACAGAUGGUAAAUUAAAGAUUUUGAACAAGCUUUUGACUCCGAUGAUGCGAGAACAAUUCGAAAUUAUUGUUGUAAAAUAGUGUCUACAAAAAUAAACAUUAUCUAAUUUUCCCAUAAAGGGUUAUUCAUUAAAUGUCAACACACUUCUAAAUUGCUAGAGAGCAUGCAUCUUCUCCAAGAGAAAAGGAUAAAAGAAAUGUACAUAUGAAUAAUUCGUGUUAUAGGGUUUCUUUGUGAAAAUCGUUGUACAUAUAUUAUCAGGUUAUGUUGAUUGUUACUACACUUAAUGUCAUCUUCUUGAUUAUUUUGUUAUGUAUAUUAAGUACAUUGUAUCAUACUUUUUAUUUGUUACAUGUAAUGAAUGUUUGAAAGACAUUUUUUUAAUGAUCGAGAUGUGCUCCCCCUGUCUCACUCAGCCUGACGAUAGUCAGUUUCUGGUUGUCUAUUGACGAUAGUCAGUUUCUGGUUGUCUAUUGACGAUAUCCAUUUCUCGUUGUCCAUUGACGAUAGCCAGUUUUCGGUUGGCCAUAGCCAGUUUCUGGUUGUCCAUUGACAGUUUCUGGUUGUCUAUUGACGAUAGCCAGUUUCUGGUUGUCCAUUGAAUGUUUUCGGUUAUUCAUUGACAGUUUCUGGUUGUCUAUUAACAGUUUCUGGUUGUCUAUUGAAGAUAGCCAGCUUCUUAUUGUCCAUUGACAGUUUCUGGUUGUCCAUUGACUAUAGCCAAUUUCUGGUUGUCCAUUGACAGUUUCUGGUUUUCCAUUGAAAGUUUUCGGUUAUCCAUUGACAGUUUCUGGUUGGACAGUUUCUGGUUGUCUGUUGAAGAUAGCCAUCUUCUGGCUGUCCAUUGACAGUUUCUGGUUGUAUAUUGACAGUUUCUGGUUGUCUAUUGAUAGUUUAUGAUUGUCCUUUGACGAUAACCAGUUUUUGGUUGUCCUUUAACUGUUUCUAGUUGUCUGUUGACAGUUUUUGGUUGUCCAUUGACAGUUUCUGGUUGUCCAUUAAUAGCCUCUAGCUGUAUAUUGAUGAUAGGCGUUUCUAGUUGUUUAUUGGCAAAUUUCGGUUGUCUAUUGACGACAGCCAGUUUCUAUUUGUCCCUUAACAGUAAGAGUUUCUAUUUCCCCAUUUACACACCAUCUGGUAAGAUGGCACAUCGGUUUCUUGUCCCUGUCAAUUUUACUUUCUUUCUCUGUAGGGUGAUACUCUCUUGGGUGUUAUAUUUGAAAUUCAAUCUGGUGAACCCAAACAAAACGCCUGGACUAUCGUUUACUGUUCGUUAUCUUCACCUUUCAUAGUACUUUUGUAUAGUAAAAAGAUUUUAAUCCUUUAAUAUCUGCAGUAAAACCUUUGAUAAUAUUGUUAACUAUGUUAAGAUAUCAAAGUAGUUUAUCAGAGCACCCAUUGCUAUGAAAGCUCGGGAAAAGGUCGGGAGUUUUUACACCGCGUGCCAUCCACGAUUUAGAAACGGUCUGAAUUUUCUUAAUACACAGUCUGUAUUUAUUGUUUGUCUUGGACAAGAUGAAAGAUUUCUCUGUAAGAAGGCAGUGGUAUUGUUUGCUUUCUUACAAAUGCUAUCAAUGUGAAGGUCCCACGAUAGGUUGUUUGAGAUGUUGACCUGUUUACCUGGUCAGGGUAUAGGGCUCACGGCGAAUAUGACCGGUCGACUGAGGAUGCUUACUCCUCCUAUGUACCUGAUCCCACCUCCAGUAUAUACAGGGGUCCGUGUUUGCCCAAAUCUUUAUUUUGUAUUUCUUGUGGGAUUUAUGAGAUUGAUCACUGUUCGUUUCAUUCGCCUUUCAUAUGGGAAUAUACAGAAAAUUUAUCAACAAAUAUCUUUCACAAUUAGCAUCAUAAAUCAUAUAAAAACGUUUGUAAUUUGUAUGGUUUAGAGUUUUUAUGCUCCUGUGACUAAAGUGGGAGGGGGUAUAUAGUUUUUGUUUCUCUGUCUGUAACAUAAACCUUGAUUGCAACUUUUGAAUGGUGGGCGAUAGGGCUCUUAUAUUUCAAAGGAUAAGACCUUUCAAUUGGUAUCAAUGCAAGGUUUUGACUUUUUUAGCUCGACCCUUGAAUUAGGUCUACUUCUAAGGAAACAAAUCAUCAGCAAUAUUUAGUUUACUAUUUAAGGUAGGUGUUUUGUAUAUAUAUUCUUAGUAGCGAGUGAUAACAACAACAAGGCCAGUAUGGUUCAAGCGCGCGAUGUGGCAAACGCGCGUUACCCAAUUUGUAUGCACACACCGUUGCAGCAUUGAGACUUCAUCUUUCAAAACAUAAGAAUUCAUUGCUUACAAGUUUAUUGUAUUUUCGGAUUUCCAAAAUUUCGACUUGAGCAUCACUGAAGAGACAUUAUUUGUCGAAAUGCUCAUCUGGUGCAUCAAUAUUGGUAGCGUGUAAGUUUUACAUUACGACCCCUGGGUCGAGGCCUCCCCUGGUAGAAUGUUAGUUCCCGAGGGUCUCUACAGCCCAGUAGCAAGUACUUCGUUACUAGCUUGAAAAUACGGAUGUAUAUUUAAUUGCUGUGAUAAAAUCUAGAAAUUCAUUUCAAAUUAAGGAUUAUCUCCCUCGUGCAUAGCUCUUAUCCUUCGACGAAUUUGGCUCCAGUUUUUGGGACUCUGUUCUUCCUUUCAGUUUUUACAAGUUUAUUGUUUUUUCGGAUUUCUAAAACUUCGGCUUGAGCAUCACUGAAGAGACAUUAUUUGUCGAAAUGUGCAUCUGGUGCAUCAAAAUUGGUACCGUAUAAGUUUUACAUUAAGAUGAAAGGCGAGGAUAACGAACAGUGAUCAAUCUCAUAACUCCUAUAGGCAAUACAAAACAGAUAGUCGGGCAAACACGGACCCCUGGACACAACUGCCUUGAGCCCUAUAUCCUGAUCAGGUAAAUCCACCCUUCUAAAAUUAUAGGUUCAAUUUUAUAAUUUUCAUAUGAUAUAUCUUAUUAACAAAUAAAUAUGAUAAGAUAAGUAUGUUGGGAAAUUAAUGAAUUUUUAUCAAUUAGCACAUAUAUACCUGUUAUCAACGUCAGAAAAUUACAAUAUUCCUUAAACAGCAUUAUCAACAUUUCAUAAAAACUGGUUAAAAUGAUAGAAUAGUAUUCAUAACAAUUUCAUGACAUUAUUUUCUAAAAAAAAAAAAUAUACAAAAUGCUUGUGAAAAAUAAAGGAAAUCUAUCGUAUACUACACUUUAUAAACAAUUAAACGAAAACAGAGUUAUUUCCCUUGGAUUCAAUAUUUUGAAACCUAUUGAUUAUUCAUAUAUAUCUAGACUUUUUAAAUUUCUUAUGGUUAACAAGAUUUCUUGCAAUAACUUUUGAAAAAGACUCCAACAAAAUUUAUGUUUCUGCCAUGCAUAAAUCAUUAAAUCAUUGGCUUUGUGAAAUCUUAUGCGUCACAAGAGGGUGGAAGUACGUUAAUGAUAUUCAUUUCCAUGACAACACACAGCUUCAGUAUAGCAUUUUCAACAAUUAAAGCAGCUGAUGUUCCUGGUUCCAGAUAGUAUUGUAUCUGUUCAUAUAACGGGAAAUAAUCCCGUGGGGAUUCGGGUUAGAAUAGGUCCUCAGUACCCCCUUGCUUGUCGUAAGAGGCGACUAAAUGGGGUGGUCCUUCGGAUGAAACCGCGAAAACCGAGGUCCCGUGUCACAGCAAAUGUGGCACGAUAAAGAUCCCUCCCUGCUCAAUGGUCAUAAACACCGAGCAUAGGCCUAAAUUUUGCAGCCCUUCACCGGCAGUGGUGACGUCUCCAUAUGAGUGAAAUAUUCUCGAGAGGGACGUUAAACAAUAUUUAAUCAAUCAAUCAAUAACGGGAAACAGAUGAAACAGAUGAAUAGCAAAACUAAUAAACGUGUUGAAGCAUUUGACAGUAAAAUUUCUCUGGUGACAUUAAAUUUCACUUCCUCUUUCAAUAUGAAAUCUGAACAAAUUAAUCAAAAUCUUUAUCAAGCUGAGCUUUGUUGAUAUAAACAAUAAUUAAUAUUAUAGAUAUCUUAGCAAUAUUCUAUCAUAUAUACUGUUAAUGUGGCAAAAGGUUGAAAUAAAGAGCAUAUGGAUUGAAAUAAUUCAACCAUGUGCUACACUCAUCCACUGAUAGCACAGUAUAUAGUAUGUUGACAAUACUUAUUAUAUUGGACAAUACCCCAGUUACAGCUCAUAAGAAAAUGUCCCGUAACUAUUCCGAUAACGUGUGGGUAUGCGCGAUAUGUCUGCUUGAAAACACAGACACCGACUGUUAUCGAUUAAUAAAAUGUAAACAUAAGUUUCAUUUAGACUGCCUUUUUCAAUGGAUUGACGUAAAAUGCAUUUACAGAAAGUUGAAAGAGAAGAGGUGUCCAUAUUGUAGGACUAUAAUUGAACAAGAAGAUGAACUGAUAGUUAUUCAACAUAAUAAGAUUAGCUAAUCGGAUGUUCUCUACAAUUUUUAUUUUGCAUUCUCAUUUCAAUUAUAUUUGAAUUUGUAAAUUUUCUUCAAAACUAUUACAGACAACAACAGUCACGUGACAGUUGUACUAGUAUAGACAACAACAGUCACGUGACAUUUGUAGUAGUAUAGAAAACAAUAGUCAUGUGACAUCUGUAGUAGUACAGACAUCAACAGCCACGUGACAUUGUACUAGUACAAAGAGCAACAGUCACGUGACAUUUGUAGUAGUGUCCCCUUUGAUUCACCUCUUUCUAUUGUGCAAAACAAAUAUAAUGAGAAAUGUACGUUCGUAGUACAUUCGUGCAUUCUAUCUCUAUCUUAACUAAUUUUCCAUGCCCAAUGCUUGAGCUUUUAAACUAUUAAGUCUCACAGGUUUACUGUUUUAAUUAAUAUUUACGCGAGUGUAACUUAAGAGUUUAAUGAAAGCAUGAGAAUUCCAUGAAUAGAUAUAAUAGACAUAGUAAUCAUGAAUGCACAGGGUGAGAGGGGGUGCAGAGAUGGCGAAAAAGUUGGGUAUCGAAAAAGAAGAGGGAGUUGUUCUCUCCUGAUGCUAGGUGCCUUUAAUCCCCUUCGCAUUGUUGCAAGUUGGAUUAGAAUUGACAUAAUGAUUUUUUAAAAAGAAGGUGAAAAUCUGAAAAGUUUUCAUAAACAUGUUUGCUGGACCCAAGAUGGUCUUUUAGCGUAGAUUAAAGUAGCAGUUUUCCCUCGUUUAUUUAUUGAUUAAAAUCGUUUGGUACCACUAACGGCCUCUUUUCUUCAAUCUUGACGGUUCUGCAUGAAAUUCUGUCUUCUAGGUUGAGUUGAUCGAAGAGCUUAAAAAUAGGCAGGAUGAGACUUACAAAAAUAGGGUGGUGUCAUUUACAAAUCUUCUUGAGAACUACAGGGCUAGAAAAGUACAAACUUACAUGAAAGCUUCCUGACAUAGUACAGAUUCAAGUUUAUUGAAACCAUGGUCCCCGGAGGUAGGAUGGGCCAUAAUAGGGAUCAAAAUUUUACAUGCGAAAAUAUAGGAAAAAUCUUUACAUAAAAAUCUUCCCAAGAACCAUUUAGCCAGAAAAGUUCAGAUUUACAUGGCAGCUUUCUGACAAAGUGCAGAUUUAUGUUUGUUAAAAUCAUGACUCCCAGGGGUAGAGUGGGACCACGUUAUGGGAUCAAAGUUUUACAUGUGAAUAUAUAGGGAAAAUCUUUAGAUAUUGGCCAAGGUGACUCGGGUGAGCGAUGUGGCCCAUGGGGCUCUUGUUUCCUUCUCCAAUAUAUCUCUUCCAAUUUUUUUUAAUGGAAUCUUGAUCUUGAAUAUCUGCCCAGUUAAUGUCAUUUCUGGUAUCCUGAAGGUCUAUUUGAACAUUAUUGGUGGUAUUCUGGUGGCAUGAUACCACAUAUUGAGUAAGGAGACGUGAUAUAUGAUGAGGUGCUUUACAUGUUUGUAUAAUCUACAUACAUGACAUCGUCACUUCAUGAUAUGUAUGUUAUUAUAUCAUAUACUGAAUUUGUUUUGAAUUUUUGGCAACUGACAUUUAAUUUUAAUCAAAGUAUGAGGCGUAUCGUAAAAUUGAUUUAUUUUUACCAUUUCUACAACACUAAUAUAAUUUCUGUGAUAUCUUUGUGGAUGAAUUUAUGUCUUUCUUUCAUGGCACAAUGUAUUAUUUUUGUGUGUUGGAGGUGAAUAUAUAUGUUUGUUUCAUACUAUAUUUUCAGUGUCAUCAAUACAAUUUACACACUACA